AUGGUGCUGGUCAACAUUUACACUUGGCUGAGAUGCUUAAUAUUUUUAUCGCAACUCGCAUUCCCGGUCCUCGCCUCGAUGAGUACGGAAGAACGCCUGGCUUGCCAAACUUUCCCCGACGCACCCGACCUCGCCAAGUGCCCAGAGGGGACGAUCUUCGUUUCCCCAACGGCCGCUUCAGCUCACUUCCGCACGAUCCAGAAGGCUUUUGAUUACAUCGCCAAAAUGGAGCUUAACACAGCGGUUACGGUGUUGAUUGGGAAGGGUCUUUACCUGACGGGUGUCCUUGUCGACCGUGAGACUCCCACCCCAAUACUUUGGCACCGCUUUUGACAGGGGUCACUCUGCUGACGGACGAGGGGGUGACUGUCUCCUUUCUUUCAUGUGCAGAUCCCGCACCAGUCAUAGUCCUCGUAUGUCCGCGGUCGCGGUAUUGGAUGCUGAUUUUGAACUCUGUUGGCUGACGUUUGUCCAUGGACCGCUGUAAAGGGUCAAAUCACAGCCCAGGCUUCGGAUUCGGGGGUGUUGAACAACUCGGUGCGAAUCGCGCGCAAACGAGCACUGCUUAAGAGCGAUGGCUACCACAACGACGCGACCGCCACCCUCAAGAUUAGCAACAGCCCCGAUGUCAAGAUCUACAAUGUCGACAUAGAGCAAUUGCAGACUGUAGGGAUCGCAUUGGCUUUCGCGGCCUUCUCGUCCAACGUUGGCCUCUACGGAUGCAUCAUCGCAGCAUGGCAGGACACGCUCUUUGUCGGUCCUCACGCGAAUGUAUAUGUCCACGGGUGCAUCAUCAGGGGCGCAGUCGACUAUAUGUACGGCUGGGGAGUGCUUUGGGUGGAAAGCAGCGUACUUGCCAGUCGAGCGCUCGGUGCCAUCGUGGCGUGGAACGGCGACCUGUCCAAGACGAGUGGGGCGUGAGUUUCGUCCCAUAAGCUCCUUGUUUCCGACCAGUACGACUGAUUUUGAUCGAGCGUUUUGCCGGUUCAGCUACAUUUCCAACUCGCGGAUCGAAAGCGUCAGUUCUCGGGUUCAUCUGCCACUUCUCUUCCCAGAUCACACUUCAACCAAGCUGAUCAAUGUCUUCUCCCAUGGUUACUGCUCCCAUAGUCCAUCGACGCCAAGAAAGGCUCAUACACGCCAGUCGGUCAAGUGUGCGUCCCGUAGCGUCCUAUUUGCACGCUCCUGCUUGAGGAGAAGCGCCCCGGCUGACACCACCGCUGUGAGUUCUUGCACAGAGCGCUAGCACGCCCAUGGACCAAAACCGCUCGUACAGUGUUCCUAUCAUGCGAGUUAUCUAGGGGUGGGUCAUAAAGAAGUGCUCUCCCCAUCCGGUAGCAAGCUAGCGAGAUGGAUGCCCGAUCACUCCUGGACUUCCAGGGAAUUGACACUGCCGUUUCGCCGUUGCAGUGAUCAUCCCGACCGGUUUCACCCCAUGGCGGAAAAGCGAUCUCCGACUAAGCAGUGAGACCUUCUUAGCCGAGUACAACUCCAAAGGCCCCGGUGGAUCUAUGAGCGGUCGCAAAGUGGUACAACGUCAAGGCGGGGUCGACGCCAACCAUCUUUCGUACAUCUUGGAUGAAGAGAGUGCCAAGCAGUUCAACAUCAAUGCGGUCUUCGCCCCGACUGGAGGCACUGGGUUCAUCGACUUUGACUACAAGCACACAGCUGCUCAGACCCAAAAAGUUCCGGAUAUGUCCCCGAUCGCAAAAUCGACUUCCGGAACCCAAACACAACGUGACGCGGGCGGCCAUGUCUUGUCGAAUGGAAGGAGUGGAUUGCGGCGUGGGAGCUCCCGUUCGCAUGGUAGAAGGAAGACCCACCACCGGAGUCACGCCCACUCCAUGCACUGA